ACGGCGUGUUAGUUGACAUUGGAGUGGCUGUGAUGGAGGCAUCUUCGUGGUAUGUGACGCUGGACGAGCUCAAGAAGCACACACCGUCGCGGGAGGACGGCAUGGACUAUGCCACAGAGUGUGCCGAACGCCAGAAGCAGUGCAUGGCCAUUCUGCACCUGGGUGCCAAGCUGAAUGUACCGACGUUGGCCAAGGCGACGGCCGUGCUGUUCUUCCAUCGAUUCUUCCUGCGGCGUUCGUUCAAGAAGCACGAUGCGUGGCUGGUGGCGGUGACGUGCCUCUUCCUCGCCACAAAGGUGGAAGAAUCAAGCAAGAAGCUGCGCAACGUGGUGGAUAUGGCGUUCGAGCAACGGUAUCCAGGCGAGGCUCGCGACGACAGCAAGCUGUUCCAGCUGAAGGAGCAGAUUUUGAUCCACGAGCGCAAGGUACUGCAGACACUGGCCUUUGACCUCACGGUGGUCCACCCGUACAAGGACCUGAUGCCCAUGGCCUCGGAUAUCCACGCCUCGCGUGAGCUGGCCCAGUCGGCGUGGUCGUUCAUCAACGACUCGCUGAGCAUGACGCUGUGUCUGCGGUACCAGCCGCGGGAGGUUGCUGCCGCCGCCAUCUACCUCUCUGCCUUGCACCAAAAGGUCAAUCUCGACGAGAAACUGGAGGGCAAGUCGUGGAUUGACAUCGUCGGCGUCCCGCUCAAGACCCUUGAGAUGAUCUCCAACGAGAUCCUGGACAUGUACGCCCGUCACGGUGGAACGGUAGUGGCCCAGGGCUCGGCCGGCGCCAGCUCGUCGACCUCGACCGCGUCGCGGCCACAACCUGCCCGCUCGCAGCCCCCGCAGCGCCAACAGACUGCCGGUGCCCAUGGCGCGCAGAAGCACUCGUCGCGCACCGCGCGCCCGGCGCCGUACUGAGAGAGUUGUGUGUUUGUUUGUUUGUUGAACGAAAGAAGAAAGAAAGUUGACGGAGCGCUCUAAACGCAGACCACGCACUCGCUGGCACGGAACUCGGAGGCGUUGAGGCCGAACAUAUCCUUGACAAGCGUCAUGUAGAGGACAAUCGAGAGCGGGGCGGUGAAGAAGAUGCCGACGCCAAAAGCGAGAGUGCCGAGGACCUGGAAGCAGGCGAGCAUGGUGACAAAGAGGACGACCGAGGUAAACUUCUUGUUCAGCUGCUUAAAGGCGAGGCCAACCGAGGCAAAGACGCCGAUGCGGCGAGUGUGGAACUCGAGGAGGACGGGCGCUGCCAUGUGGAUACCGACUGAGACGUAGAUGAGCGGGUAGAGGAGGGCGAGAACAACCGCGAGGUACGGGUAGCCGACCCAGGCAGGCGCCGAAAGCUUGAUGAAGAUCAGGAAGUAGAGGCCGAUAACCGCAAAGAUGUACGCCACAAUCGCCGAGAUCAUCAGGACCGCCUGCGUGAGCAUGAGGCCGAGGAGCGGGACAAAGAGCGAAAAGCCGGAAAAGAGGUCGUUGAACUUCAUGAAGCCUGUCGUGUUCGACGCGCGCAUCCCGUUCAUCAGCAUCACAAGGUAGCCGUAGCCCAUGUACGAGCCGAGGAGCGAGCCAGGGCCCACCAGGCAGUGCGCGAAAACGACCGCCACAAACCCGCCCGUCAGGAGACCGGCGUGGUUGCGGUAGAGCUCCCACGACCGCGACCAGAUCGACCGCACGUCCACCGCGUACUGCCGCUCAGCGAGCCAACCGUAGUACAGCUCAUCGUCGGGCACUGUCGCGUCGUCGACCACCGGCGCCGCCGGCUCCUCCACC